CACCCCUGCACCAUGAAAACCCUGAAGAAGCAGUGGCUGGAAGCAGUGAGUGCCUACCAAUACGUGCUCCUGUUAUUUCUCAUCGGCCCUUUUGUUCCCCUUCCUGUCCUCUUCCUCCUCUUCACACCCUUCUGCCUAUUCUCUGUUCUCUACUUGGCAUGGCUCUUCCUAGAUAGGAACACACCCAACCAAGGUGGAAGGCGGUCUGAGUGGAUGAGGAACUGGACCAUUUGGAAACACUUCAGGGAUUAUUUUCCUAUCAAGCUAGUGAAAACAGUAGACCUGCCCCCUGACCGGAACUAUGUGUUCGGCGUUCAUCCACAUGGGAUCCUGAGCUUCGGAGCCUUCUGUAAUUUCACCACAGAGAGCAACAACUUCUCCCAGCAGUUCCCUGGGCUUCGGCCCACAACAGCCACACUGGCUGGACUCUUCCGCCUCCCAGUCUAUCGAGACUACCUCAUGGGCUUUGGAUUAUGUUCUGUGGACCGCCAGAGCCUGGACUUUAUUCUGUCACAGCCCCAGCGUGGGCAGGCCAUGGUCAUCGUAAUUGGGGGUGCACACGAAGCCCUGUUUUCGAUUCCAGGAGAGCAUCACCUCAUUCUCCAGAAUCGCAAAGGCUUUGUGCGCUUGGCGCUGAGGCAUGGGGCCUCCCUGGUGCCUGUGUACUCCUUUGGGGAGAAUGAUGUCUACAAAUGUAAGACUUUUGCCACAGUCUCCUGGCAGCAUCGGUGCCAGAUCAUCUUCAAGAAUGUCAUGGGCUUUUCUCCUUGCAUCUUCUGGGGCCGCAGUCUCUUAUGGGCCAACUCCUGGGGCCUGCUGCCCUUCCCUGUGCCCAUCACCACUGUGGUGGGCCGCCCCAUCGAGGUGCCCCAGUGCCUCCAUCCCACUGAGGAGGAAGUUGACCAUUACCAUAGGCUCUACAUAAAGGCUCUGGAGCAACUGUUUGAGGAGCACAAGGAAAGCUAUGGUGUCCCUGCUUCUACUCACCUCAUCAUCAAAUAG